AUGACGGCAGCCAUGGACGAAUACCUGGAUGCUCCUAUGGAUGCAGAAGAUGUCUUUCCUUGCAAAGGCUGCGGAGAGAUACUAGAAGAGGGCAAGGCCUUCGAACUCGCUGGAAACCGAUGGCAUCUUAACUGCUUUCGAUGCAACACCUGCAAUACCCUCCUCGACUCUGAUGCGAAUCUGCUUCUUCUUGGAGAUGGGUCCCUCAUCUGCAAUAAUUGUACCUACAGCUGCAGCGCCUGCGGUAAUAAGAUUGAAGACUUGGCCAUCCUCACCGGAGACCAAGCCUUUUGCGCAACAUGCUUUCGCUGUAGGAACUGCAAGAGGAAGAUCGAGAACCUACGGUAUGCAAGGACAUCCCAUGGCAUUUUCUGUAUGAACUGCCACGAGUCUCUCAUGGCGAGACGGCGCAAGAAAUCAAAAGCCGCUGCACAAGCAAAGUCGCGAGACAAAGAUGGCUCUCCGAUGGUUACGGAUAAGUCCCUACCUGCGCUUCCGCCCAAUGCCGUUCCUCCCCUGGGCUUCACUGCCGAACGGGCCACCCCGGACUCGGACACGCCGACCGAGCUGUCCCCACGUCCCCGUGCCGCCUACGGGAGAAACGAGUCCUCGUCACGAAGCAGCUCCAGACCAGAUCGUUCCCCGGAAAGGCUGCUGGAGCAGAGCAAAGACUCGGCUCUCGCUCCGCCCGCGCAGAGCUACAAGAACAAUCGAAACUCGACAAUCAUAUCCGGGGAUCUCGUCAGCGCAGAUAACGAAGGAUUUUUUAUCCCCGUUGCACUUGAUCCCAACCCUGUACCGGCAAUCACACCCCAUUCAGCAGCCUCCGAUGCCUUUACAGACGCGAGUAGGAAAAACAAGGAAAAGGAUUACUUUGGCUCGGCAAAGCCAGGUGCAACCUCUGAGAAGAAGUCCGAUUCGCAAGCCUCUACCCCCCAUAUUGCAUUUCAGGAGAAGGGAAGGCAGCCGUCUUCGGAAUACGAAAGCCCCCAGGACCGCCCCAUGCGGAAGCUUUCAAAGAGGAACGAUAGGAACGGGAACCCAAGAGCUCCUCCCACAGAGGAUAGGAAGAUCCAGGCUGGAAAGACACAAGGCAGCAACGAAGAGUUCAAAUUGCAGGACGCCCCGAAAAGCAAGAAGCUGAUCAGCUCUAGAAGCAACUCCGUGUCAAGUAAUACCCUUGAUAACGGCAAUACUGGAAAGACCGCCAAUGGUCCACAGCGUUCCAAAGACGUGGCCCCGAUCGCUACAAUAACAGACUCCCCUACACUUCUCGGGCAAGCAGACAAGACUCCGACGCCCAGGCUAUCACAAGACUCGCGAUCCAAGGAAGAAGAGGCGGUUCGACCGUCGAUUGACUCGCUGAGCUCUGGCCGAGUAGAUGUGCCUGGCGCAAGAUCUAUUCAGCGGAAAGAACUUCCUGCUGGUACGGCUCGAAAUGUCAAUGGCGACCCCCCGUCAGGGCCUGCUCCCCAGUUUGGCAUCUCCGAUGAGGCUGCUUCUGCAAGCCAGCAAACGCCAACCAGGCCACCUAUUCCCGAGACAAAAAUGAGCACUACUUACAUGCAGCCGAGGGCACCACCCCAACCCCCUAGCCAGGCUCCCAAGGAGUCGGCGGGUUCGACCAACGAGAUUCCGGAGCCCAAGGUGUCGCCCAAGCUACCCCGUUGGAGCGCCGGCGGGGAUUUCAGUAUGGAUGAAGACAUGGCAAGGAUUCUGGGCACCGACGAGGGUUCUUCAUCAAUCCUGCGUCGUGUGUCGAAUGCUGUCCGACAUGGAAGAAACAACAGCAUGGAGUCUGGCAACCAGAACAACAGGCUCGGCCACAGCAGGAGCGUCAGUGAGACCACGAGGGGAACCACAUCGCCACGCUGGCCACGAACACCAAUUGCCGAGGAUCCGAUGAAUGGCGGGCACAGCCACGAAACCAGUAGCCCCAUCUCUUUGUCGGGUACGGCGCAAGACGAUACUGCAGUGUUGAAGCGGCAGCUCAGGAACUCGGAGCAGCGGGUGGCCGAGCUCGAGCGACAGUUUAACACGGAGAAGGAUAUGAAGAAUCUCAACAAGAGACUUCUUGAAAAGCGAAAGACGGUCUCUGUGCUCGACACGCAGACUGAGAUCAUGAUUCGGGAGCUCGAGGUUCUGGCCGGCUACGUGGAACGCGCCAAAAAGACCAACGAGGCCCUCGACCCUCGUGAGCUCGAGGAAUCUGCAAUCAAAGAGUUCGUUCAGAAGUUGGAAAAACUAAAGCAGAACAUGGGUGCUGCAAUUGAGCAGCUUCACGCCGAGCGUGAUGAGUUGGUGGAUGAAAAAAAUCAGGUGGUUGCGGAUCGCGAUCGAGCCUUGAUGGAAUUUGAGCAACUCUCGUCCAAGAAUGCGCAACUAGCCGACCUCAACAACGAUUUGACACACCAAAUCCAGGAGCGGUUCAAGCACCAAGCCAAUAUCUCCGACCUGCGGUCGCCCAACGGGCUGGGUAUUUACAGCCACGCCAAAGGAGUAUCGAGCGCUUCGGUCAAUAUGGAUUCUGCCAGCUUACAGACGGGAACGACCAUGGUCGGCACAGACGCAGAGGACCAGGUUGUCGAAGGACCCACAGUUGUUAACAUUCGAAAGGGCCAGGUCAAGAAAUUCAACUGGAAGAAAGGUUCAAGCAAGGUGGCACACAACAUUUCGAAGGGCAUCAACCGUGCGGCCGUGGCGUUCCAGCAGCAGGAACAAACCCGCGCCCAGCAAAUCCAGGGGCCCGGUGUAGACAGUAUUGGGCUCCCUUAUAACAUGACGGUUGUCCCGCUUGAGUCCCCUGCCACGGUUACUCCUAUGAAUGGCCCCAACCGAAUCGCCAGCGAGAACGCCCGCCAAGGUUUUGGCUUCUUCAGCAAGAAGCCUAAUAUGGCCAAGUCAACAUCGGCGGCAAAUGUCUCCACCGCGACGAUUGCGGAGGCGCCCAGCACGCUGUUCGGCUCGGAUCUGGUCGAGCGAACUGACUAUGAGCGGCGCCAGAUACCCAGCGUCGUCACUCGCUGCAUCGAAGAGGUUGAGCUGCGCGGUAUGGACGUCGAGGGCAUUUAUCGAAAGACGGGCGGGAAUGCGCUGGUCAAGGUGAUACAGGAGGGCUUCGACAAGAACGAGGAUUACGACAUCUCAGACCCGGCUUUGGACAUCACGGCUGUGACCAGCGUGCUGAAGCAGUACUUCCGCAAGCUACCGAAUCCCCUGCUUACCUUUGAGGUGUACGAGCGGUUCUUGGAGUCGAGCUCGAUACAAAACGACUCGGAGCGUUGUUCCCACUUAAGAACGACCCUCAAUAUGCUCCCUGCGAAGCAUCGCGACUGUCUCGAGUUUCUCAUGUUUCAUCUCGCGCGCGUGGCAAGCAGAGAGCGGGAAAACCUUAUGACACCCAAAAAUCUGGCUGUUGUUUUUGCGCCCACUAUUAUGAGGGACCACAGCCUCGAGAAAGAAAUGACCGACAUGCACGCGAAAAACCUUGCUGUGCAGUUUUUGAUUGAAAAUAGCCACACCGUCUUUGGCGAGGCAUAG